UAAUUAAGGGGUAAUUGCUAAAUUUUCGCGGAGAAAAACCUCAAGAGGGACGAGUCCCUCGUGUUCGUGUCGUUCAGUCUGUCUUCUCUACGAGAAGCAUCGGGUACGCGCCCUCCAUGGCUAGACCUCCGAACAAGCACGGCCGCGACCAAGCUCUGGAUUUCCAGGGGUUUUUGAGUGACUUGCAGGACUGGGAGCUUUCUCUCAAGGACAAGGACAAGAAAAUGAGACCACAAGUUUCACAGCAGGAAAAGCUGAAGACUAGAGAUUCCGGGACCAGUUCUGGGAAUUAUGACUACUCAAGGAAUUUUGAUGCCAUCAAAAGAAUAUCAAGUAGUUUGAGAUCCGAAGAUAGUCUUCCCGAUGCUGCUUCAGAAAAAGAAUUGGGUAAUGAGUAUUUUAAGCAGAAGAAGUUUAAGGAAGCUAUCGACUGCUAUUCAAGAAGCAUCGCUUUGUCCCCAUCUGCAGUAGCGUAUGCAAAUAGGGGAAUGGCAUAUAUCAAAAUCAGAAGAUUUCAGGAAGCUGAGGAUGACUGUACAGAGGCCUUGAAUUUGGAUGAUCGUUAUAUAAAAGCAUACUCACGACGUGCAACAGCUAGAAAAGAACUUGGAAAGCUUAAAGAAUCAUUCGAGGAUGCUGAGUUUGCCCUGAGGUUGGAGCCUCACAACCAAGAGAUCAAGAAACAAUACACGGAAGCCAAAUCUUUGUAUGACAAAUCAAAUCUUGAGAAGGCAUCUGGAGCACUGAAAAAUUCUGUACAAGAAGUGCAGAAAAGGGGAAAGUUGGAUACCAAAGUAAAUGGAAAAGGCAUCCAGCCUGUCUCAAGCAGUGCUCAAAUAACUGAAAUAACUUCAGUUCAAGAUCAUACUAAGGGAGAUAAUACAAAUAAGAAGCUAGAGGUGAAGGCAUCGGUACAAGAGCUUGCUUCUCGAGCUGCUUCCAAAGCCAAGGUUGUAGCUGCAGAGAAAAACAUCACCCCACCAACUACCGCAUAUCAAUUUGAGGUUUCUUGGCGAGAUCUCUCUGGAGAUAGUGCUCUGCAGGCUAGUCUGUUGAAGUCUAUAUCUCCUAGUGCAUUGCCACAGAUAUUCAAAAAUGCUUUGACUGUUCCCAUACUAAUUGACAUUAUCAAUUGCGUGGCGACCUUUUUUGUUGAAGAAAUGGAACUGGCCGUCAAUUAUUUGGAGAACUUGACCAAGGUUCCAAGAUUUGACACACUCAUCAUUUUUCUUUCAUCCUCAAACAAGGCCGAUCUUGAUAAGAUAUGGGAUGAAGUGUUCUACAAUGAGGCAACUCCAAUCGAGUAUGCGGAGAAGCUUGGUAACCUGCGUGCAAAGUACUGCCUCAAGCGAUGAAAAAAACCAAAGUUUUGCCUCAUCUGUAAAUUGAAUUUGUAAGCUUUUUACAGAACUUUCAGGAAGAAGAUUAUUGCUAUUUCUGUAUUUCAUGUGACCGUGAAGAAAACGUGCAUUUGUGAGCGUCUAUGUUAUGUAGGGUGGACCUUCAUACUCUAUUGUUCAGUCACAUUCAACUGGGGGUCCAAAAAGUUAAUGGUGAUGACCUGUUUCUUCA